CCGGGGGGCAGCUCAUUCCACCGGGGGGCAGCUCAUUCCACCGGGGGGCAGCUCAUUCCACCGGGGGGCAGCUCAUUCCACCGGGGGGCAGCUCAUUCCACCGGGGGGCAGCUCAUUCCACCGGGGGGCAGCUCAUUCCACCGGGGGGCAGCUCAUUCCACCGGGGGGCAGCUCAUUCCACCGGGGGGCAGCUCAUUCCACCGGGGGGCAGCUCAUUCCACCGGGGGGCAGCUCAUUCCACCGGGGGGCAGCUCAUUCCACCGGGGGGCAGCUCAUUCCACCGGGGGGCAGCUCAUUCCACCGGGGGGCAGCUCAUUCCACCGGGGGGCAGCUCAUUCCACC